AUGCAGAUCUUUGUGCGUACUCUCGAUGAUCGAACAUUAACACUUAAUGUUCAACCUGAUGACACCAUUAAUGAAAUCAAAGAGAUUGUUGAACAACGUGAAGGCAUACCUGCUGAUGAACAACGUUUAACAUUAGGUGGCAUUUCAUUAGAUGAUGAAUUAACACUCAAUGAAUGUCAUGUUGAAGAAGAAAGUACACUUUAUGUUUUACUUGAUCUUGAAGGUGGUGGCAAAAAACGUAAAAAGAAAUCUUAUAGUACACCAAAGAAAAAUAAACAUAAACGAAAGAAAGUUAAAUUGGCCGUACUUAAAUAUUACAAAGUUGAAGAUAGUGGUAAAAUUCGUCGUUUAAGACGUGAAUGUCCAUCAAAACAAUGUGGUGCUGGUGUAUUUAUGGCUGCACAUCAUGAUCGAAAUUAUUGUGGAAAAUGUUGUGUCACAUAUAUGUUUACAAAACGUGAAGAAGAAAAUUAUUUAAUAAUGGCAGCAACACAAAUGAAAACACCACUUAAUCCAAGACCAUAUAUUAAUGAAUUAGUUGGAAAAAAAAUUCUUGUUCGUCUCAAAUGGGGUAUGACCUAUGUUGGUGUUCUUGUUAGUGUUGAUCAAUAUAUGAAUGUACAAUUAGGUAAUGCUGUAGAAUAUAUUGAUGAGCAAAACAAAGGUCCAUUAGGUGAAAUUCUUAUACGAUGUAAUAAUAUUCUUUAUAUAUCCGGUAUUGAUGAAGUUGAUGAAGAUGAAGAUGCUAUGGCAUAA